AUGGCAGACCGGGUGUCCCUGUUGGCUGUCGGUCUGUCUCUCGGCCUCCUGACGCUGCUGCUGCUGGCUCUGCUGUGGUUCUGCCUGUGGAGGAGGAAGAAGGACCAGAGUCUUUACCAGGAGCUGCCGUCCCCGGUUCCUUCAGUCCCAUCCUGCUCUGCUCCCGUCAUCCAGGUGUCCCAGUGCUCCUGGACCACGCCCAGUGAGAUCCCGUUCACUUUGCCUCCUCGUUUCACGACGCAAACUCGUGGUGAAGUGAAGACGGAGGAGGAAGAGGAGGUGGAGAUGAAGAUGGAGACGCAGCGAGACAUACUAGCCCAUCGAGGGUCACUCUCAGUGAGGAGUUUGUAUCCGGGGGGGACGGUUCUCGCUGGUCUCUACUCGGUUCCUCCUCUAAAGGAGGUGGUGGCUCCUCCGCCCGGCAUGGCCACCCGCCUCUGCUUCUCUGUGGAGUACCGACACAGCGGCGAGCAGCUCAUGGUCACGUUGUUCCGUCUGGGCAACGUCCCGCCUCGCUUCCAUGGCAACAUCACGCUGGUGGAGCUUCGGCUUCUCCCUGACGACCGGCGGCCCCGCCAGGCCAAGGCCCGCGGCACGGGGCCCGACCCCGAGUUCAACGACUGCUUCAUCUUCCAGGUGUCGGGAGUGUGUGUUCCUCGGAGCAUCCUGAGUGUGUGUGUGUUGAGCGUGGAGCAGAACGGGAAGCGCCACGCGGUGGGCCGGGUGCUGCUCCCUCUGGAGGGCGAGCUGGGUCGGGCCGGACGGGUUCUGUGGAGGGACCUGGAGACCGAGGACGACACACAGUGUUCAGAGUUGGGUGAUGUGCAGAUAUCCCUCAGUUACAGUCCGACUCUGCAGCGCCUCUCUGUGGUGGUCCUAAGAGCUCGGGGCCUUCAGCUGCUCACAGACACAGGUGUGUGUGUCCAGGUGAGUUUACAGAUACACACUCAGGUGGUGAAGAUGAAGCGCAGCUGUGCGGUGACAGGAGAGGCCGACCCGCACUUCAACCACAGGAUGACCUGUAAACUCCGCGUGCAGCACCUGGACGAGGCCUGUCUGAGCUUCCAGCUGCAGCAGCCGACCGACAUCCCCUCAGAGCCUCCGGUCCUGCUGGGAGUUCUGGUUCUGGGGCCCUUCAUGUACGCCAGGGGCCAACAGCUGCAGCACUGGAUGGACAUGGUGAACACGCCACAGGAGCCCGUCCGGCUGUGGCACGGACUGAGCAGGGCCACUUAG